AUGGAUUGGUCAACGAAGCACUGUGCAACUAUUGACUGUGUGAAUAAGUCUGUGAUAUUUCAUCCACCUAGAUUACCUGAGUUUGUGUUUACUGGGAAUAGGGUGGUUCCUCCCCCAUGCCUGAUUUUUGUUAUGAAACCUGUUAAACUGCUUAGGAAGUGGUAUAGAGGGUAUAUGUGUUGUGUUUUGACUGUGACUUCUGAUAGUCCUACUAUAGAGAACAUUUUGGUAGUAAAUGAAUUUCCUGAUGUAUUUCCAAAUGAAUUGUCCGAAGAUUUAAUUGAUAGGGAAAUUGAGUUUACCAUUGAUGUUGUACCCAGGACACAAUCGAUUUCUAAAACCCCAUAUCGAAUGUCAACUUUUGAAUCGAAAGAAUUAAAAGUUCAACUCCAAGAAAUCUUAGACAAGAAAUUCAUCCACCCGAGCACUUCAUCUUGGGGUGCUCCAAUUUUGUUUGUCAAAAAGAAAGAUGGAUCUUUGAGGCUGUCUUAUUAUCGUCGAUUUGUGAAAGACUUCCCCAAACUUGCCAUGCCAUUCACACAGUUGACGCAGAAAAAUGUGCCAUUUGAUUGGACUGAUCAACGGGAGUCAGCCUUUCAAGAACUAAAGACCAGUAACGUGUCAUAUAAAGGUUUGGGAUGUAUACUAAUGCAAAAUGGUAAGGUGAUUGCUUAUGCCUCGCAACAACUCAGACCACAUGAAAAGAAUUACCCAACUCAUAACCUUGAACUUGCAGCUGUGGUUUUUGCACUAAAGAUUUGGUGCCAUUAUUUGUAUGGAGUGACUUGUGAAGUGUAUGCUGACCAUAAAAGCCUCAAGUACUUCACCCGAAAAGAACUGAACAUGAGACAGAGAAGAUGGCUAGAGUUGACUAAAGAUUAUGAUCUUCAGUUUUUAUACAAUCGCAAAUGCCUUGAGCCAAAAAUUUAUUGGAAAUUUGUCAUGUUUGCUCACUUUAUACAAUCGCAAAGUCACCAAAAGAGUUAUGCAGAUAUCUGGAGGCAAGAUAGAGAAUACGAAGUCGAGGAUCAUGUGUUCAUAAAAGUGACUCCAAUGAAAGGCCAGACACAGUUUGGUGUAAAGGGCAAGCUAGCACCGAGAUAUGUUGGGCCAUAUGAAAUCCUUGAGAAAAUCAACCCGGUGACAUAUCGGGUAGCCUUACUAUCAGUCAUAGAACAUAUUCAUAAUGUCUUUUACGUCUCAAUGUUACGGGAUUAUUUGAGAGAUCCAUUACAUGUUAUUGAGCGAACACAUAUACUUUUGAAGGAUGAUUACACUUACGAAGAACGACCAAUACAGAUUGUUAACUGCCGAAACAAAAGACUGAGGAAUAAGGAAAUCCCACUGGUAAAGGUUGAUUAUGAAGGAACCUAUGCAGCUUGGGAGACCGAAGAUAAUAUAAUGAAGAGAUACCCUGAAUUGGUCCGAAGAUAA